AACAUCGUAGUCCUUACAUCUUCCUAAUAUUUGCCCCUAUUAUUAUUUAAUUAAAAAUUCUUAUUUUAUUAUUAUUAAUGAUUGUUUUCAAUGUAUAAUAGCAACAAAAAAAAAAUGUAAAUUUUAUGUAACUUAAAUUUUAAUUGAAAACUCUAGUCGGAAACGAAGUUAAAAAAUUUGAAAACCAUGUCUUCUGUGCGAAUGCAACAGUUUGUCACAAGGCUGAAGUCUAAAAAUUUUGAAAUAAGAAAACGAGCUGCAAGAGAUCUAAACCUUUAUGUCAAAACUGAGCUUCGUGAAGUUUCUGCGGAAGAACGAGCGAUUUUCAACGAUGAAUUCAACCAACACAUCUUUGAAAUGGUAUCAAGUUCUGACAGUAAUGAAAAGAUCGGCGGAAUACUUGCCAUUUUGUGUUUGAUUGGAGCUGACGUUGGAAAUAAAAACAACCGUAUUAGUAGAUUUGCUAAUUAUUUACGUAAUUUAUUGCCAUCUACUGACUUGGGUGUGAUGGAAUUGGCAGCUAAAACAGUCGGAAAACUUGCCUUGGAUUCAGGUACUUAUGCAGAUCAGUACGUUGAAUUUGAGGUGAAAAGAGCAUUCGAGUGGUUAGGUGGAGUUCGCAAUGAGCCUAAAAGAUACGCUGCUGUUUUGAUACUUAGAGAAAUCGCCACAAUGGUACCUACUCUAUUUUUUCAACACGCAGCUCAGUUUUUUGAUCUGGUUUUAAAUGUUGUUCGAGAUCCUAAACCAAAUAUUCGAGAUGGAGCUGUUGAAGCAUUAAGAGCAGCACUCGUUGUUACAGCUCAAAGAGAAUCAUCAAAGCAGACCCAAAAAUCUCAAUGGUAUAAACAGUGCUAUGAAGAAGUAAUGAAUGGACUAGACGAUAGUCUCAAUAAAGAAAAAGGCGUUGCACGCGAUGACAAAAUACAUGGAUCAAUAUUAGUUCUAAACGAAUUGCUAAGAGUUAGUAAUACUAAUUGGGAACGACAAUAUGACUCAUUGAUGCAAAGACUACAGUGGAAUCAAAGUCAGACUAACGCUGAAAUUCUUAGUUUAUUACCUCGAACAAAAUCUGCUCUUAAAGGAUUGGUAGGUGGUUCAGGUCGUACCGACGAUGACUCUGUAAGAAUAUCGUCAUCUGGCAUAAGAUAUGAAAGCAGCGCUUGUAAAAAUCUUUUGCAAGAAAAUUACGAUAGAGUGUGUUCUGCAGCUUUGUCUCAUAGACUAUCAAGAAGUCCAUUAGUGCAUUCGGCUCUGAUGAAAUUACUUCCUAGACUAGCUGCAUUUAAUAAAUCAAUUUUUGUUCAAAAUUACCUCAGUUCAUCAAUGAUGUAUCUUUUAUCAACUAUUCGUGGCCGGGAACGUGAACAGCGGACUAAUGCUUUUGUCGCUGUUGGUUUAGUAGCUAUUGCUGUCGAAGACCAUACAAAACCAUAUUUGGCUAGAAUUUUAGAUGUCAUUCGAACUUCGUUACCAUCAAAAGAUAGUUCUUCUAGAAAAAGACUUUUGAGUGCAGAACCCGCUGUUUAUGUUUGUAUAACUUUGUUGGGCAUUGCAGCGCAAAACAACAUUAAGACUGACCUGAAAGAACUAUUGGAACCUAUGUUAGCCAUGGGACUGAGCCCCACAUUGACUAUUGCUCUUAAGGAAUUGGCACUAGCUGUUCCGGCAUUAAAGAAAGAUAUAUCUGAAGGUUUAUUAAGAAUGCUUUCACAAGUACUCAACCAUAGGCAUACUCCAAUAGCCAUACCAAUAUCGGCUUCAAGCUCAACGCUUAGUUUAUCAAUAGCAUCUUCAGUUUUAGAACCUCAAAAUAUUGCGAGUGUGGUUUUAGCUCUCAGAACACUCGGGAGUUUUAAUUUUGAAGGGCAUUCUCUACUUCAGUUUUUACGUCGAUGUGCUGAGCAUUAUUUAGCCAGCGAACAACAAGAAGUUCGGAUUGAAUCUGUGAGAACAUGCAGUCGUUUAUUACAGUUGGCUAUAGAAUCACCACAAAGUAAAUCAUCACACACGGUUAGGUACACAAUAUCGACGGUUAUCAAGCAACUGCUAGUUGUUGGCGUUUCUGAUACAGAUCCUGAUGUGCGUUAUGCCGUAUUCGAAAAUCUUGACCGUAGUUUUGAUUUUUACUUGGCUCAAGUGCACAAUCUAACAGCAUUGUUUAUGGCUAUGAACGACAUCAAUUUUGAAAUACGUGAAAUGGCUCUUUGCACUAUUGGACGAUUAAGUUUGGUAAAUCCAGCUUAUGUAAUGCCACCUCUUCGCAAAACAUUGAUGCAGUGUUUAACUGAACUGGAGCACAGUGGAAUGGGUCGUAAUAAAGAACAAAGCGCCCGAAUGAUUGAUCAUAUGGCUGUUCAUGCGCCUCGUUUAGUAGCGCCAUACGUACAGCCAGUUUUGAAAAUACUAGUUCCUAAACUUGGUGAACCAGAUUUAAAUCCAGGCAUAUUAAUCAGUAUCCUGGCGUGCAUUGGAGAUUUGGCUCAGGUUAAUGGUGAAGAAAUGGGUUGUUGGACAAAUGAACUCUUACCUAUUCUGUUGGACAUGCUGGGCGAUGGUGGGUCACAAGAAAAACGAGGGGUAGCACUUUGGGUACUCGGAAAACUAGUCGAAGGUCUUGGUUAUGUCAUUCAACCAUAUGAAAAGUAUCCUACGUUAUUAGAUACUUUACUCGGUUUUUUAAAAACUGAACAACAACUCUUGGUCAGGAGAGAAACAAUAAGAGUACUCGGUCUUCUCGGAGCACUAGAUCCUUACAAACAUAAAAUGAACUUGGGUCAGAUAGAUUCUCAAAUUGAAUCUACAGCUUUCCUAUCAAUGACAGAUUCUCGUGCUAUAUCUGAAACCGAAUGGACCACGAGUGAAAUGUUGGUAAACAUGAGCACUGCAACAUUAGAAGAGUAUUAUCCGGCUGUAGCUAUUGCUACACUCAUACGAAUAAUACGCGAUCCAAAUUUAUUUCAACAUCACACUAUGGUUGUUCAGGCCAUAACAUUUAUUUUUCAAUCAUUGGGUAUAAAAUGUGUGCCAUACAUACCACAAGUAAUGCCUAGUUUUUUGAAUGUCAUUCGUACUGCUGACGCCAAUUUUAGAGAAUAUUUAUUUCAACAAUUGGCUGUACUUAUUAACAUUGUCGGACAACACGUUCGAAAUUAUUUGGAUGAUAUAUUUUUAUUGAUCAAAGAAUUAUGGACACCUAACAGUCCUCUCCAAUGCACUCUUAUUCAACUCGUUGAAUAUAUCGUAGUGGCCCUGGGUGCCCAAUUCAAAACAUAUUUAUCACAGUUAAUGCCAAACAUAUUGAGGAUACUUUAUCAUGAUUCUAGUAAAAACCGCAACGUCACUAAAAGGAUGGUGGUGGCUUUAUGCAAGUUUGGCAUAAACUUAGAUGAGUACUUACAUAUGAUCAUGCCACCACUCGUCAAUUUGUUUGACGCCACUGAACAUCCAACUCAAGUUAGCCAAGUUGCAAUGGAAACUGUUGCUCAGUUAGCUUACACUUUGGAUUUUACCGAUUUCGCUUCACGUAUUAUACACGGAAUUGUGAGUUCUAUUGAAAACACUCCAGAACUAAGAAAAACUGCAAUGGAAACACUAUGUGCAUUAAUAUGCCAGUUGGGUCGUAAAUAUGUAAUAUUCAUGCCACUUGUUUCACGAACAUUGAAUAAAUGUCAAUACAACUAUCCUCCGUAUGAUACAUUAAUAACUUACAUAUCGUCGAAUAAUGAAGGAAGUUUGGAAGAAAAUUUAUUGCUAUCAAGACACAAACAAUUCAAGAGUAAAAAAGAAGUUGGAAUGCAUGUACUUGGCGAUUCGGCGACGAUAAUUAAAAAGAUGCACACUUCACUGCCAAAUUUGCAAAAAGCAUGGUUGGCUAACCGCUGCGUUUCCAAAGACGAUUGGUUAGAAUGGUUGAGACGACUUGGAAUCGACUUUCUUAAAGAAUCGCCAUCUCCAGCUCUACGAUCAUGUUGGGCACUCGCACAAACAUACUCACAGUUACCAAAGGAUUUAUUCAAUGCCGCUUUUGUCAGCUGUUGGGCCGAGCUGACUGAAACGCUAAAAAAAGAACUCAUACAAACAUUAGAACAAGCGUUGAUGGUUUCAGACUUACCGGAAAUGACACAAACUAUAUUAAAUUUGGCCGAGUUUAUGGACCAUUGUGAAAAAGGGCCUUUGCCAAUCGACACUCAUAUACUCGGAGAGAGAGCUAUGGAUUGUAGAGCCUAUGCAAAAGCGCUGCACUAUAAAGAGGAUGAAUUUAUCAAAGAAAAAAACCAGCACGUUUGUCCAAAUGUUGUAGAAUCGCUUAUAUCUAUAAACAACAAAUUGCAACAAAAGGAAGCGGCAUCGGGACUUUUGGAAGUGGUCAUGAGCAAACGAGAAGAAGACCAAGAACCCGGUGAACAGCUCAAAGUGCAAGCAAGAUGGUAUGAAAAACUUCACAAUUGGGAACAAGCAUUAACGUUUUACGAGAGUUGUUUGCAAAAAGAGCCUCAUGACGUCGAAUGGUCUUUGGGAGAAAUGAGAUGUUUGGAGUCCUUGGGUCAGUGGGGUAAAUUGAGCAAUGUUGCUGCUACACAUUGGUUACAUUUCCCUGAAAGUGGGCGAGAAAAAAUGUCCAGAGUGGCUGCUGCUGCAGCUUGGGGAUUAAACCAGUGGCAACAAAUGUCAGUUUACGUAGAGUGCAUACCUAGGGAUACGAUGGACGGUGCGUUCUAUCGAGCUGUUUUAUCUAUUCACGGAGAACAAUAUGAACGUGCUCAAAAAUAUAUAGAUUUGGCUCGAGAGAUUCUAGAUACCGAGCUUACGGCCAUGGCUGCAGAAAGUUACCAACGUGCUUAUGGUGCUAUGGUUUCUGUUCAGAUGUUAGCUGAACUCGAAGAAGUAAUUCAGUAUAAACUGAAGCCCGAGAAACGGCCGAUCAUUUAUAAAGUAUGGUGGGACCGGCUUCAGGGUUGUCAACGAGUUGUAGAAGAUUGGCAGCGUAUCAUUCAAGUUCAUUCGUUGGUGUUGGGUCCCAAAGAAGACAUGCACACGUGGUUGAAGUAUGCAGCUUUAUGUCGUAAAUCAUCUCGUUUGGUUUUAUCUCAUAAAACUCUCACGACAUUAUUGGGUAUUGACCCUUCAAAAAAUCCCACCGAUCCAUUACCCGUAGAACAUCCUCAUGUUACGUUUGCUUACAUUAAGCACAUGUGGACAUCUGGGGCUAAACUAGAAGCCUACAACCAUCUAAACAGUUUGAUUCAAAAUGUAUUACCUCAAUCGAAGCGUAAAGGAAAAGAAAGUGAAAAGUCACAUAAUGAUUCGACUAAAAAAUUACUCGCAAGAUGUUAUUUAAAACUGGGAUGUUGGCAAGAAGAACUUCAAGGUUUGACCGAAUUAUCGAUCCCAGACGUUUUGGAAUACUAUUCUGAAGCUACAAAACAUGAUCCUACCUGGUACAAAGCGUGGCAUUCGUGGGCUUACAUGAACUUUGAAACAGUUUUGUUUUACAAACACCAAAAUCAAAACAAGACACAAUCUAAUGAUCAAGCUGAAAAAGGAACGGUCGAUAAAGCUAAUACUAAUAUUGAAACCGCAAAAAGUAUGCAGUAUAUUGCCAAGUUUACUGUGCCUGCGGUCGAAGGGUUCUUCCGCUCCAUAGCGUUAUCCCACGGCAGCUCGCUUCAAGAUACUUUGAGACUUUUAACUCUAUGGUUUGAAUACGGUCAACAACCUGAGGUCUACGAGGCUAUUGUUGACGGUUUGAGAUCCAGUCAAAUAAAUACAUGGUUACAGGUGAUCCCACAAUUGAUUGCUCGUAUUGACACACCUCGUACACUGGUUAGUCGACUUAUCCAUCAUUUGUUAAUCGAUAUCGGCAAACACCAUCCACAAGCUUUGGUGUAUCCGUUGACCGUGGCCAACAAAUCGGCGAGUUUGGUGCGUAGGAACGCAGCUCAUAAAAUCUUGAAGACAAUGUGCGAACACAGUCCGAAUUUGGUUCAACAAGCGGUAAUGGUCAGCGACGAACUGCUUCGGGUCGCCAUACUCUGGCACGAGUUAUGGCACGAGGCUCUGGAAGAAGCCAGCCGACUGUAUUUUGGCGAAAACAACAUCAAGGGCAUGUACGAAGUCCUAGAACCGUUGCACGCCAUGUUGGACCGCGGUCCUCAAACUCUAAAGGAAACUUCGUUCAAUCAAACGUAUGGCCGCGAUCUGGUCGAAGCUCUGGAUUGGUGCAACCGCUUUUUAAUAUCCGGCAACAACCGCGAUCUGAACCAAGCUUGGGAUUUGUAUUAUCACGUUUUCCGGCGUAUAUCACGGCAACUGCCGCAGCUCACCAGUCUGGAACUGCAGUACGUCAGUCCGAAACUACAGCAGAGCCGCAACAUGGAGCUGGCCGUUCCCGGUUCGUAUAUACCGGGACAGCCGGUCGUCAGGAUAGCGUACAUCCAGAGUUCCCUGCAAGUGAUAACGUCCAAGCAGCGACCCCGGAAGCUGUGCAUUAAAGGCAGCGACGGCAACGACUACAUGUUCCUGUUGAAAGGCCACGAAGAUCUCAGACAAGACGAGAGAGUCAUGCAACUCUUCGGUUUGGUCAAUACGCUUUUACUCAACGAUCCCGACACGUUCAGGAGAAAUUUGACAAUACAGAGGUACGCCGUUAUACCUUUGUCUACGAAUUCCGGUCUUAUCGGUUGGGUGCCGCACUGUGACACGCUACACACACUUAUUCGGGACUAUAGGGACAAAAAGAAAAUAUUGCUGAACAUCGAGCAUAGAAUAAUGCUUAGGAUGGCGCCCAACUACGAUCACUUGACGCUCAUGCAAAAAGUCGAAGUGUUCGAACACGCGUUGGCCAACACACAAGGCGACGACCUGGCCAGAUUGUUGUGGUUGAAGUCUCCGUCGUCUGAGGUUUGGUUCGAUCGCAGAACCAACUAUACGAGGUCGUUGGCCGUCAUGUCUAUGGUCGGUUACAUACUCGGCUUGGGAGACAGGCAUCCGUCGAACUUGAUGUUGGAUCGCCUGAGCGGAAAAAUCUUACACAUUGACUUUGGCGAUUGUUUCGAAGUGGCCAUGACUCGCGAGAAAUUCCCCGAGAAAAUACCGUUCAGACUUACCCGGAUGUUGAUCAAUGCCAUGGAGGUGACCGGCAUCGAAGGAACGUACCGAAGCACAUGCGAGAGCGUCAUGACCGUACUGCGCAACAACAAAGACAGUCUGAUGGCCGUACUCGAGGCUUUUGUGUACGACCCUCUGCUCAACUGGCGUCUCAUGGAAGCCGGAGUCGGCGCCAGAAGGACAGCCGCGGCCACGGCCGGCGCCACCGUGGUGGGAACAAACCCGAUAAGCGUAGCGUCUGCGGCCACCACCGUGUCGGAAGAGCCAAGCUUGGCCACUAGCUUUGCGGCGUCCCUGAGUAAAAAAGCGGCGCCUUCCAAUGUGGGCCCUGGCGGUGAUGCGGGCGAUACGGAAAAUGAGCCCACGGAAGCGUUGAAUAAAAAAGCUUUGGCCAUUGUCACGCGGGUUCGUGAAAAAUUGACCGGCCGUGAUUUUGUACACGAACAAGAACUGACCGUGCCCAGACAAGUGCAUUUGCUUAUACAACAAGCUACGGCUAACGAAAACCUUUGUCAGUGUUACAUCGGAUGGUGCCCGUUUUGGUAAUUUUGACGCAUAUUGUUGAAUCAUUUUUUUUUUUAAUAAUCGUUAUUAUUAUUUUUUACUCGCUGUGUUUGUAGUAUAACAAUAUUAAUAUUUGAUAAUGUAUAAAGUAUAUACAUUGCACAAAUAGUUAAUCAACGUUUUACAUUGUUUUUGUUUACAUUUAAAUUUGAUUUUCAAUAAUAGUUUUUUUAUGAUAUGGCUUGUUUAAAAAUAUGUUUCAAAUUUAUUUAUAAUAGUAAUAAAUAUAUAUUUAUAUAUAUAUUGUACCGCG